GGAGGAGGCAGCUUACUGUUCCGGGUAAGAAGGCAGGUGCUCCUCCAGGAACCAAUGCAGCCAGCCAGCCAGCCUCUUGGAGUGAGAAAGCUGCAGGGACCUCAAGGCUGCACCUAGUGGGAAGGGGCCAGCAGAGCUUGCCUAAUCUAGAGGCUUGGACUCCAGGGAGAAGAACGUAGAUUGGACAGCUGGAUGGGAAUGAAGCCUGAGGAACAUUACCAGAACUCCUCAGAAGGGCAAGGGUGCUGCCUUCUGUCGCAGGCAGUCCAUCUUGGGGCAGCCUGUAUUGUAUGGGAGAUGGAGGAGGAAGGAUACCUAGGAGGUCAGCAGGUCUUUACCAGCCUUAGGCAGCCAGGAACACUCUUCUGGGACUGACACCCAAAAGAGCCCCAGUAGGUGAGAGCUGCCAAGGGCUGGACCCCUGACUCCUUGGGGGGGAAUUCUGUCCCAAGGGAGACCCAUGGAGUGGACAUUGGCAAGGUAACAUGGUACCCUAUUUCCUCUGCUCAUAUCCAAGGCACAAACUGGGUGUCGAUCCACAAGCGGGGACUUUGGGAUCCUCAGGUGUUGGGAAUAUGAACGGGACUUCCUCAUUCGCCUCGGUGGCUUCCUUGUUUGUCUAGAUGGCUCUUAAUUCUGGACUGUAUAGGCACAAGUUUCUAAGUUUCCACUUCUUGGAGCCCACCACCCUCAGUGCAGUGGGUGGAGAAGCUGACGUGUGGAGGGGCGGGUCCGCUUCCUCACCUGGCCCCUAGCCCUUACUCCUCCGCCCGCGAGGGGAGGAGCCAGUGGCCGCUCCGGCCUGGGGCUCUACGAGCUAUGGCGGGCUCUGGGUCGCGGCCCCGGAGCUGGGGCUGGCGGGAGACGGGCUCUAGGGAUGAGGCUGCGGCUGGUGGGCCCGGCUCUGGACAAUGUCGCUGUUCACAGGGUAGGCGGGCGCUGGCCGCCCCCCGGAAGCCGGCUGUGCCCGCCGCGUGGACACCCUUCAUGGAGGCUGAGGAAAUGCAUUGGCCUGUCCCCAUGAAGGCCAUUGGUGCCCAGAAUUUGCUGACUAUGCCUGGUGGUGUGGCCAAGGCUGGUUACCUGCACAAGAAGGGUGGCACCCAGCUGCAACUGCUCAAAUGGCCCCUCCGCUUUGUGAUCAUCCACCAGCGCUGCAUCUACUACUUCAAGAGCAGCACGUCUGCCUCCCCGCAGGGCGCCUUCUCACUGAGCGGCUACAACAGAGUGAUGCGGGCAGCUGAGGAGACCACAUCCAACAAUGUCUUCCCGUUCAAGAUCAUUCACAUCAGCAAGAAACACCGCACGUGGUUCUUCUCAGCGUCCUCUGAGGAUGAGCGCAAGAGCUGGAUGGCCAUGCUACGCAGGGAAAUUGGCCACUUCCAUGAGAAGAAGGAACUAUCUCUGGAUACCAGUGACUCUAGCUCAGACACGGACAGCUUCUAUGGUGCAGUUGAGCGACCUAUAGAUAUCAGCCUAUCUUCAUAUCCCACAGACAACGAAGAUUACGAACAUGAGGAUGAGGAAGACUCGUACUUGGAGCCUGAUUCCCCGGGACCCAUGAAGCUUGAAGAUGCUCUGACCUAUCCACCAGCCUACCCACCACCCCCUGUACCUGUACCUCGGAAGCCAGCCUUCUCUGACUUGCCCCGUGCCCACUCUUUCACCUCCAAAAGCCCAAGCCCCUUACUGCCACCCCCACCUCCUAAGCGAGGCCUUCUGGACACUGGCCCUGCCCCUGAGGAUGCUAAGAAGGACCCACUGGGCCUGAGGCGAGUAGAGCCUAGCCUCAGGGUGCCUGCUACCCCUCGGAGGAUGAGUGAUCCCCCAGUGAGCAACGUACCCACUGUGCCCAACCUCCGGAAACAUCCUUGCUUCCGAGACAGUGCGAAUCCUGGCCCAGAACCCUGGACCCCUGGCCACGGGACUAGCUCUGUCUCCAGCUCUACCACCAUGGCCAUUACCACCUCUAGGAACUGUGACAAACUCAAGUCAUUCCACCUGUCUUCCCGAGGGCCACCUACAUCUGAGCCCCCACCUGUGCCUGCCAAUAAACCCAAGUUCCUGAAGAUAGUUGAAGAAGCUUCUCCAAGGGAAGCAGCCAAGUCUGCACCUGUGCCCCCCGUAGCCCCCAGGCCUCCGGUGCAGAAGAUGUCCAUGCCUGAGGUUACCGUUCGGCCUGCAGUGCUGCCUAGACCAGAGAACACGCCUCUUCCCCACCUCCAGCGAUCCCCUCCGGAUGGACAGAGUUUCAGGGGCUUCUCCUUUGAAAAGGCCCGUCAGCCCUCACAGGCUGACACUGGCGAGGAGGACUCAGAUGAAGACUAUGAGAAGGUGCCGCUGCCUAACUCAGUGUUUGUCAACACCACGGAGUCCUGCGAGGUGGAAAGGUUGUUCAAAGCCACAAACCCUCGCGGAGAGCCUCAGGAUGGGCUGUAUUGCAUUCGGAACUCCUCUACCAAGUCAGGGAAGGUCUUGGUCGUGUGGGAUGAAUCUUCAAACAAAGUGAGGAAUUAUCGCAUCUUUGAGAAGGAUUCUAAGUUCUACCUGGAAGGUGAGGUUCUGUUUGCAAGUGUGGGCAGCAUGGUGGAGCAUUACCACACCCACGUGCUGCCUAGCCACCAGAGCCUGUUGCUGCGGCACCCGUACGGCUACGCUGGGCCCAGGUGACAUCAUUUCACACAGCUGUUGGGUGGAAGCAUCCACAGGGCCACAGCCCUGCCACAUAGAUGGAGACCGGCUUGCAUGGAAAGAUGAACAGGAGUGGCCUUGACGUCAGACCUCAUCGACAUGACACCUAGCCUCAGCAAGCAGGCUGGGUUCCAGGCUGGAGUAGGCCACAACUAAAGGACUGGCUGGAUGACUUGACCCAUCCAGCCCCUCCACGGCCCACCUCUCAAGAACCCAGGUCUGGUGCUAAGUGCUGCCUGGGCUUUGAUGGCACAAGAGCUAGUCUCUAUUACAUGCCCACUCUGGAGUGGGCUGGGACCAAGCAAGGCUGGGUUAGUUGAAUGGGACCUAAGCCUUGUCCUGGGACCCAUAGGAAUGCUAAGACAUAGGAAUGCUCAAGGAGGGGCCACUGCCUCUCUAUAAAUCAGAGAUGACCUUUGUCUCAAAUGACCAGGGCUUGAUUGGCACAGAGCAGGCAGCAGGCUCUACUGAGCACCACCAAUGUCCAGGUAGAGAGCUACCGGAGGCAGCCCUAAUGGGUGGUCUUUAGUCUUCCAGGGCACAGGCUGCUGAGGGAGCUAACUGGAUCCACCUGGAUCUCUCAGUCUUGCCUGGAGCCUGACCUUGAAAGGCCCAGUUAGCAGUUAUUGACCACCUAUGUGACUGGCCUGGUGCUGGAGCUGGUUGCCGGCUGUAAGCAGCCCCUAGUCCAGCCUGGCCAAGCUUAGUCUAGAGCACUCUAUGAGAUGCUGCCGCUGGAGGUGCUGUAUUCUGGGAUCCAGGAGCUUGGAAUCCAGUGGGGUUGGUGGGUCGGGGGUCAGGGGAAGGUUCCAGUAAGACUUCUUCCUGAAGUGCUGACGAGAGUAAAGUGGGACAGGCCAAGGAAAGGUGGGGCUAGUGGCAUCCACAUACCCCAAGUAGUUUGGGUAAUCCCAGUUGGUCCAGGCCACACCCCUGGCACAGCUGUUUAGACUGGGCUUUUUCUGUGAAAAUAAACGCAUCUGGAUGUCAGGGCCGGCAGAGACCUUGGCACCAUUGCACUUUAUGUUGGAGAA